CGGCUGUGGUUUUUAUAAUCAGAUUGGUGAGAGGAGCUCUAGAGCUUCUGCUGAUGAUGCUGGGAGCGCGUGUCAUAUCUAGAACAAAGUCGGCAAGUGGGAGGUGUGCACGAGCGCAGCGCGUGGUGGAACUGGAGUCACACUAUAUUUUCUAUUAAAAGAUCAGUGGGCAGCGCACCUUUCUCUUUUUAAUAGACAGUCACUACACAUCACUGAACACGAACAACCGACAAUUAUUCUUACUGUGAUCCGUCGUGAAGAAUUAACAUUGUUGAUACAAGUGGGCGCAGCAAACCAGGCUUGUGAUGUGACAAGCGCGCACUGUGAGCAUUUCGCUGGACAUCUCUCUAGGUCGCAUCUGACAACCUUGACACACCGUUAUUUUGGAGAAUAAAACUAUCGAAUUGUAAAUCGUAUCAAGUUAAUCGUGGAGACUGGAGUUCGCUUCUCGAUGUGUCAGUGAUAAUUGAACAAUACAGGAGAAGUGGUGUGGUUUGUCCAUGCUGCAGCGAUAACCAGGUGCCUCGGGUCUACAAUGAUAAGACAAUAAAUGGCAGAGAUAGGAGAAAAUGUGGCAAGAGGAAGAGAAGGAGGAGAUGAUGGAGUGGGAGGUUUAAGGCCACCUCAUGACCCCCAGAGCCCUGCCCACUUUCCCUCUUCUGCUCCCCCAGUUAGGGCCCACCAGGUCGGGCUCAGGAGGGGCAUCGUGAUCCAGCUAACAGGCACCGAGGGUGAGUGGGACAGUCUGGAUGACGACGAGCUCAUCUUCCCCCUUGAACACAACGACUAUGAUGACCAGACUCCCUACAUCUCCCUCUCCAAGGAGAGACAGAACUCCAUGGAGGAGGAGAACCAACACUACCUGCACUCCCCAGCCUUCCACGUACCCCUCUCCCCCUCCUCACCUGGGUCCCUGGGGGACUGCUCCAACUCAGCCCCCAGCUUCCUCUCCCCCAGCCCAGCCACCCCCACCCACCGGCCACUGGCUAGCCUGGUGAAGUCCCUGUCCACGGAGCUGGAGCUCCCUCAUGGCUCAUCCCUCAGACCCAGGCCCUUCCUCAGCCUAGUCAAGUCCAUCUCUACUGAGAUCUCCCGCUCAGAGCCAGAAGUGUCGCAGUCCAAGUCUGACUCCCGCCUCAACCUGCACCUGCAGUGGAAGAACCUGACUCAGCCUAAGGGAAGGAGUGACGGAGACUCCCGUACCGCGCCACCCUCGCCCAUCGCUCUAUCCCCAUCCGAGGGCACCAAGGCGGGCUUCUUCAAGAUGGAGCUGGAGGACACGAAGCGGAAGUUCUCUGAGGCCAUGCAGGAGCCUAUGUUCAGUAAACCUAUCAGUAUUUUCAGUAAGAUCAUGGGGGACGAGAAGGAGAAUGCAGCAGCAGGCAGCCCCAAGCAUCAGAGAGCUACAGGGACUCACUCAGCUGGCUCCCCCAGCUCCAGAGGUGUCUAUGUGGGGAGGAUGGACAGCCCGGAGGUGGGCAUCACAGAGUCUCCGCUGCGGUGCGCCAAGAGAGCGGACGGUGACUCUCCGCCGGUGUUUGACUGGCCGUGCGUCAAACACCCAAAGAAGGGUCUGCCCACUAGAACAUGUUCUGUCCACGAUCACCACGGUAACAAACUCAACGACAAUUCAGAGGAACUGGAGAUCUGCACCUACGAUGAAGUCAUGCAGGUUGUGGCCAUCGAGAGUCAUCAUCACAGGCGCCCGCGGAGAUUGCCUGGUUCGCUGAUCCCCUCAGGACCCCAUCGUGUGGUUGUUCAACCCACCUCUCCACCUCCUCCACCACACAUGGUGUUGUUCUGUGUGGCUGUGUUGUCCUACGCCUACUUCAUCCUUCCCCUGGGCCCCUAUAUGUCAGGCCUGGCUCUGGGCAUGGCCUUUGGCUUCCUGCUGGGGCUGCUGCUCAUCAGGCUGGGCUCAACCAGACACACAGCUCAGCCACAUCCACACAGAGACGUUCAGGCCCUGACUGAGGUUGUCAAGCAGGCUGAUGCCCUUGGCAACGAAUCAGACGUCCUCAAGGGCUGGCUGAACGAGAUGUUUGAGUACGACCCGGAGACCUACCACCUGUCCCUGACCCACUCUGUGUUCGCCACCCUGGAGGGGCACUGCCUUCGCCUGGACUACCCCAGGAACAACAUCAGCCGCAGAGCCACCUACGAUGAAAAGCCUCCCGAGGCUGUGGUUGUCAGCUCACGCUGCUUCCAGCUACGACACAGCAAGGUGUUCCUGCUGCCCUCUGAGCUAGCCCGUAAGAGGCUAUGGAACCUGAAGUACCCUAUCUGCAUUGAGCUGGCAGAGGGAGAGGGGGUCAUGGAGGAGGAGAGGGGUACAGUGGAGACCCCAAGAGAGGAGCAGGGGGGAGACCCCCAACUCCAAACACGACCCACCUCCAACCCCAAACCAGCAGCCAACCUCCCUACAACCCUAUACCUCUUUGGACGGACAGGAAGAGAGAAGGAGGAGUGGUUUCAUCACUUCCUGUCCGCGUCCAUGGUAAUGGAGCAGGAGAAGGAGAAUGAGAGGCCUGGCAGAUGUGUGUCCAGAUCAGAUGUGCCGGUAGUGCGAGGGGUGAGCCCCUCAAGACGGUCCCAGGACAGCAGAGGUUCCAGCAGGAUUGGGAGCACUGAAGAGGACCUCCCCGUUCCCCCUUCUGCCCCCUCGAUCCAACCAUCCAGGGUGGGCUCUCCGCUGCUGGACUACCCCACCUACAUGGCUCGUUUCCUGCCCUCAGAGCAGCCCAGCCCCCUGCCCAGUCCACCCCUCAACAGCACAGAGACAAGCCCCACCAACAAAGUGAGGUGCACCUGUGAUUUCCCAGAGUUCCCGGGGGAGGGACACACUGACUGGGUCAAUGCACUGAUUGGUCGAAUAUUCUGGGACUUCCUGCGCGAGAAAUAUUGGGUGGACAUUGUCUCCAGAAAGAUCCAGAAAAAGUUGAGCAAAAUCAGACUGCCUUACUUCAUGAAUGAGCUGACUCUGACUGAACUGGACAUGGGCUCCUGUCUGCCCCAAAUCACCAGUGCGUCCAGACCUGUGGUCAACAGCAGAGGCUUGUGGCUGGAGCUGGAGGUGGUAUACACUGGGGCCCUGCAGAUGACCCUGGAGACCAAGAUCAACCUGUCCAAACUGGGCAAGGAGGGCAAGGAGGGCAAGGAGGGAAGCCUGGACACUGACAGCCUCACUGAUACUGGCAGCCUAGGGUCCAGACCCAUCCUCAGUGUUCUGGCUGACAGUGAUGAAGAGUCCUCCAGCGCCGGCUCUUCAGAUGAGGAGGAAGUACUGCUCUCAGAGCACCAAAGCAUUGUGGGAGAAAAGGGGACUCUACCUGGUGCUGAAGGGAUUGCUGCUGGUGGUGGGAGGACAGGCAGGCGGAUUUUGAGAUUUGUAGACAAAAUUGCUAAGUCUAAGUACUUCCAGAAGGCGACAGAGAAUGAGUACAUCAAAAAGAAGAUUGAGGAGAUGUCCAACACGCCCCUGCUGCUGGCAGUGGAGGUUCAGGAGCUUUCUGGAACACUGGCUGUCAACAUCCCUCCUCCCCCUACUGAUAGAAUAUGGUACAGUUUCUGUGUGCCUCCCAAGCUGGACCUGCGUGUCAGACCCAAGUUGGGGGAGAGGGAGGUCACCUUCUGUCACGUGACCGAGUGGAUCGAGAAGAAGCUGCAGGAUGAGUUUGAGAAAGUAUUUGUGCUGCCCAACAUGGACGAUAUCUACCUGCCUCUGAUGCAUUCUGGGAUGGACAGUCCUCCAGCUGGGCUGCUGGAGGAGUGUCCAGCCCAGUCGUCACACUCACAACACUCCUCCAUGGAGUCCAUCGAGAGGAUCUCCCAGGACAAUACUGCUGCAGACUUGGACUAGUUCCUCUCUGUGGCCCAAUGACAUUAAGACACCCCUGAAAUUCUCAAAGCACAUCAAGUACACUGAACAAAAAUAUAAACGCAACAUGUAAAGUGUUGGUCCCAUGUUUCAUGAGCUGAAUAAAGUAGAAUUUCUGUCUGUAAUAAAGCCCUUUUGGGGGGAAAAACUCAUUCUGAUUGGCUGGGCCUGGCUGCCCACCAAGUGAAAUCCAUAGAUUAGGAACAAAUGUAUUUAUUUAAAUUGUCUGAUUUCCUUAUGUGAAAUGUAACUCAGCAACAUUUUUGAAAUUGUUGCAUGUUGCGUUUUUUUUGUUCAGUAUAGAUGUGCCACCAAAUGUAGUGAGAUACUGUAUAUUACAGAACUUCAACCGACUUUAAGUGAUACCUUUGGUCAAUGUUUACAUGUGAGCAACAGUAAAGAGAUGUGUGUUUGUGUGUUGAUUUCAUUUUUUACAGUUCAAUGUCCUUUUGAUUAGACAGUCCAUAUUUAAUACGUGAAAGAUGAAAACGAUCGUUGAGUAAAACCAAGACAUAUAGAAAUGUUUUUAUGUCAUGUUUUUAAUCAUUCAAGAUUUGGAUUUGCCAAAAUACAAUAAUCAACCUAAUAGAAACAUUAUGAAAGUAAAAAAAUCCAUCAGAAUACAUCUGCAGUCUGUACAAAAUACACCAAAAUGAAAUUAAAAGUUUAAUUAAAAUACAAACCUCUUUCAUUUUCAUAGUUCCACAUAAUCAUUAUUUUAUAUAAAAACCCUUAUGUCAUUUAAAACGUCAUUAAUCGUUUGUAAAAUACAAAAAUAAACCCUGUUCCCAUCUUAGGAGCUGCUGCUUGUGCUGCUCCCCCCUUUAGUCUCCCCCCUCUCCAUAUCCCUCAUACACUUCUCCUUCCCCUUCUCCCUCUCCAUAUUCCUCUCCCUCACCCUCCUGUACCCCCUCUGCCUCUCCCAUGACCUCUAGACUCACAGAUUCCCCCUCUCCCUCUCCAUAUUCCUCUCCCUCACCCCCCUGUCCCCCCUCUGCCUGUCCCAUGACCUCUAGACUCACAGAUUCCCCCUCUCCAUAUUCCUCUCCCUCACCCUCCUGUCCCCCCUCUGCCUCUCCCAUGACCUCUAGACUCACAGAUUCCCCCUCUCCCUCUCCAUAUUCCUCUCCCUCACCCUCCUGUCCCUCCUCUGCCUCUCCCAUGACCUCUAGACUCACAGAUUCCCCCUCUCCCUCUCCAUAUUCCUCUCCCUCACCCUCCUGUCCCUCCUCUGCCUCUCCCAUGACCUCUAGACUCACAGAUUCCCCCUCUCCCUCUCCAUAUUCCUCUCCCUCACCCUCCUGUCCCUCCUCUGCCUCUCCCAUGACCUCUAGACUCACAGAUUCCCCCUCUCCCUCUCCAUAUGCCUCUCCCUCACCCUCCUGUCCCUCCUCUGCCUCUCCCAUGACCUCUAGAUUCACAGAUUCCCCCCCUCCAUAUUCCUCUCCCUCACCCACCUGUCCCUCCUCUGCCUCUCCCAUGACCUCUAGACUCUCACAGAUGAGUGCCACCUGCCUCCUGACUUGUGUCAUGGUGGUCUGCAUUCUCCUCAUCUUCCUUCGGGGGGCACUAGCGAUGGCUCUGUGGUUCUGCCUCUGGUACUCCACCUGCUGCUUCAGCCGCCUGGGGUAACCAUAAUCAUCAUCAAAGAGGAUUCAUCCAUUUACACCAAGAUCAUUUGUAUAUUGUCAAGGGGAAAUUCUAGCCUGGAAUCCAAACUGAAAAUCCUUCCUUUUCAGUGAUAUUCCAUUUGAAUUGACAGGAAAACUCACCUCAUCUACCACAAAAGAAGGAAAGUGAGGAAAGCUUCUAAAUGUAAGAUACAAAUGCCAUGUCUAUUCUGGCCCACCUCAUCCACCCAUUCCCAGUGUUUUAACGCCCACCCACCUGAAGCAGUUGUGUUGGGUCUGGGUGGCCUGUGUGAGCAGAGCACCACAGCCCAUGGGGCAGAGCCGGCUCCAGGGCUGACCGGUGCACCAAGGAACUCCUCAGACAGAGGGAAGGUGGCCGAGCAGCAAUCAUUGUUACACUGCAUGGGAGAGUGAGAAGGGGAGAGAGGAGAGGAAGUGGAAGACUGUGGGAAAGUGCAAGUCAAAGAUUGUGGUCAGUUGUUUACAAGAUUUAGGGAUAGUUCUACAUUUUUUGUACUUUUGGCUCUAUAUUUGACACAUUUGGAUUUAAAGUGCAGACUGUCAGCUCUAAUUUGAGGGUCUUUUCAUCCAUAUUGGGUGAACCGUUUAUAAAUUACAAAUUACCUUUAGGGGAGCAAAAGUAUUGGGCCAAAUGCACUUAUAUUUUUAUUAAAGUUAAGUAUUUGGUCCCAUAUUCAUAGCAUGCAAUGACUACAUCAAGCUCGUGACUACAAAUUUAUUGGAUGAAUUUUCUGUUUGUUUUGGUUGUGCUUCAGAUUAUUUUUUAGAAUGAAUGGUAAAUAAUGUAUUGUGUCAUUUCGGAGUCACUUUUAUUGUAAAUAAGAAUAUAAUAUGCUUCUGAACACUUCUACAUGAAUGUGGAUGCUACCAUGAUUACGGAUAAUCCUAAAUUAAGCGUGAAUAAUGAGUGAGAGUGAGAUGAGUGAGAAAGUUACAGAGGCACUAAUAUCAUACCCCAAUUGGUAACUUUCUCACUCAUGAAUAAUCACAAUUUCCUCCCCUAAAAUUGUGGCGAACAUGUACGAACAAUUGCUUCAAAUUAAAGCUGACAGUCUGCACUUCAACCUCAUAGUCAUUGUUUAAUUUCAAAUCCAAACUUUUGGAGUUUAAUAAAAAAUGCUUCACUGCCUCAAUAAUUAAGGAGGGCACUGUAUAUGCACACAGUACAAAUAUUUUUUGAAGUGAUCGGGAUUGCACAAUAAAGUUGGGGACUUAUUUC